UCAGACUUCAGUAGCUCAGCACCCUGCACGGUUGAAUGGCAGGGCCCGGGAGGCUCACUGUUCCGAGAUGGCCGGAGAGGCAAACAAAGAUGUGAAGUACUACACCCUGGAAGAGAUUCAGAAGCACAAAGACAGCAAGAGCACCUGGGUGAUCCUGCACCACAAGGUGUACGAUCUGACCAAGUUUCUGGAAGAGCAUCCUGGUGGGGAAGAAGUUCUAAGAGAACAAGCCGGGGGCGAUGCUACCGAGAAUUUUGAGGAUGUUGGACACUCUACUGAUGCACGAGAACUGUCCAAAACGUACAUCAUCGGGGAGCUCCACCCAGAUGACAGAUCAAAGAUAGCCAAGCCUUCGGAAAGUCUCAUCACUACCGUGGACUCUAACUCCAGUUGGUGGACCAACUGGGUGAUCCCAGCCGUCUCAGCCCUGGCUGUCGCCCUGAUGUAUCGCCUCUACAUGGCAGAAGACUAACUUGCCUUUCCUUCUGUGUUAGUGGAACCAGCGAGGAACUCUUUGUACUCUUCAACUCUGCAAAUGUGCCUUUUUCUUCAUCAACUUCAUUUUUAUGUUUCUUCACUUACAUAAUUUACUUACUGUAAGCACGAUCU